AUGUUGGAAGUGCGUUUGGCUCAAGGUUCACUUCUGAAGCAGGUGGUGGAAGCCACAAGGGAGCUCGUGAACGAUGCAAACUUCGAUUGCUCCACCAGUGGCUUCUCCCUGCAGGCCAUGGAUUCCAGCCACGUGGCACUCGUCGCCAUCCUCCUCCGUUCCGACGGUUUCGAGCACUACCGUUGUGACCGCAACCUUUCGAUGGGUAUCAAUUUCAACAACUUGUCUAAGAUGCUUCGCUGCGUCACCAACGACGACAUCAUCAGCAUCACAGCCGACUAUGGCACCGACUUCGUCACUUUCUUGUCUGAAAGUCCUACACAAGACAAGAUUUCUGAUUUUGAGAUGAAGCUGAUGGACAUAAACAGUGAGCGCCUCGAGAUUCCUGACGCAGUGUACCAUGCCAUUGUUAGAAUGCCUUCAAUUGAGUUUUCUAAGAUUUGCAGAGACCUCAGUUCUUUUGGGGACACUGUUACCAUCUCGGUUGCUAAGGACGGUGUCAAGUUUAGCACCGCAGGUGAUAUUGGUUCUGCAAAUAUAGUCUGUAGGCAGAAUAAUUCUGUCGACAAGCCUGAAGCAGCCACUGUCAUAGAGAUGAAUGAACCUGUUUGCCUGACAUUUGCAUUGAGAUAUAUGAACUCUUUUACAAAGGCAACACCAUUUUCUAGUACAGUCUCCAUCAGUUUGUCAAACAAUGUGCCUGUUUUGGUUGAGUACAAGAUUGCUGAGAUAGGUUAUGUUCGGUUUUAUUUGGCUCCUAAGAUAGAGGAGGAGGAGGAGGAGGAGACAAAACCUAAAGAUUAA